CACUUACACAUAGAAGAAUAAAACAAACAACAAACAAAUACAAAGUGUAAGGCACAAGUGAAACGGAGAUGGACUUUGACGAGGAGCUCAAUCUUUGCAUCACCAAAGGUAAAAGUAUUGAUCCUUCUUUAGGAGAAGCUUCUUCGACGACGUCCCCAAGGUCUAUCAAGAAAAUGAAAAAUCCUGAUCAUAGAUCUAAACCAUAUCUCCCAUUUUCAUCAUUUUCUUCUUCUAACUCAUUGCCGACUUUCCCUUUUUCUCUCAAUCCAACGUUUCAAAAUCAACAACAACUCGGAUACGUUCCCAUUAAUCAACAAAACAACCCUACAAUACAAGGACACAAUCAAAUGAUCUCGUUUGGUCCUCAACUUCCUCAGCAACAGCAGCAGUACAUGUUCAGGUAUUGGAGUGACACAUUAAACCUGAGCCCUCGAGGAAGAAUGAUGAUGAUGAACCAAGAAAGUGUUAUCCCGUACAGCUCAACAAGGCUGUACAGAGGAGUGAGACAACGUCAGUGGGGAAAAUGGGUCGCAGAGAUACGUAAGCCACGGAGCAGAGCACGUCUCUGGCUUGGUACCUUUGAUACAGCUGAAGAAGCUGCAAUGGCUUAUGACCGUCAAGCUUUUAAAUUGAGGGGUCAUAAUGCAACACUUAAUUUUCCCGAGCGUUUUGUGGAUAAGGAAGUCGAGCCCAAUGAUGAAACUGAUGCGUCAAGCUCGCUGCACCAGAAAAAAUCCGAAACGCCACAGCUAAACGAGCCAAGCGAGGGUAGCUUGGAGAGCAAGGAAGUAGCGGUGAGUGAUGGUGGAGUAGAGGAAGGGAUGGCUGAGGCGUGGUUCAAUGCGGUUGCAGCUGGAUGGGGUCCUGAAAGUCCUCUUUGGGAUGAUUUGGACAAUUCUCAGUUUUCACAAAGCUCAACUUCUUCUUGUCCCAUGAGGCCUUUCAUUUGAAAAAGGUCUCACGUUUUAGAUUUUAGAUUAGGGUUCUGAUCAUUAGCAUUUGGAUGGAGACAGUUUUUUGUGAUCUCCCACUCCAUACAUAGUAUGUGUGUGUUCAUCGUUUAUAUGUGUGUGUGCCGCUGAUUUUGCUACAUAUAUAGAUGUCCUAUUAGUUCA